AUGUCUUCGCAAGAGGUCAACAACAAGAACACCACCAAACGUCACGAGGUCUCAUUAUGGCAUGAGAUCAAAGACCACGUCCAUGCCUCGACAGCCCCGUUGAAGAAGGCCGGCGCUCCCAUUGCCAAUGCAGCUGUUCCAUUCGCCAGAUGCUAUGUCUGCCUCGAUGAACUGGAUAUUAAAGGGAUUCCUCCCGUCGGCCCCGCAGCCGAAACCCGCGCGGGAUGCUUCAUUCCCUGUGGCCAUUUUUUCUGCGUCAUGUGUUGGAAGGUUUGGGUGCGUUCGCUUAAAGAGCCGGUGAAGUGCUACAUCGGCCCGACAAACCCUAUCCCAGUCAAUGGUAUUCAAGACAAUCUCAAGCUCACGACUAUGGAUCUGUCGGAGUGCUACAGAUACGGCCAGUCAAAGCCGUACCGCGAGUUCGCUUGCCCCAUCUGCAAAACGGAUUUGCAUCACUCGGGAUGCUGCUGCGAGAUCCGGCCAGUUAUGAUUCCCACCAACAAGCCCAAAGACCGUCUAGCCAAUCUCCUGGCGCUUCCGAGAACGUUUCUAGAGGUCCUUAGGGAUACCCGCGCUACUGUCAACGAUAACGAUACGGCCGAAGACAACGAGGAGAAUACGGACGAUGAACAAGACGCACUGGACGAUGAACAAGACGCACCGGACGAUGAACAUGACCGGGGAGACGACAAACAGGGCAAACCGGACGAUAAGCAAGGCGUGCCGGACGAAGAGCAUGUUACCACCAACGAGGAGGCCGACGUGAUUAUUGAGGGCUACCGCCAAAAACUCACCCCCGCCUACAACAACCACCGUGUGAGAAGGUUCCCGAACUAUUCUGACCUAAUCCAACAAGAGUCCGGCGGUUCGACGGUCAUCCUCCCGGCUAGACCCUUGGUCUAUGACAUUCAAACCAUCCCUCAACCCGGGUUCUACCCAGUAAUGCGCCUCAGAGCUCAAUACCCUAACAUCCAGGACCCCAACGGCUGGAACUGUCGGGUCACAGGCGGCCGCCUCGACAAGGUCGUCGACCCCGUUUGCGGCCAAUGUAUCCAUGAUCUAACUCGAUACCGCUUCUUGCAGCAUAAGUACGACGAAGCAGAGCCGUAUUGGCCUGGAUACGACGCCCACUGCUCAACCCUUUCUGCGCAUCUGGACGGUGGUGGGCUCAGGCAAUUCUCCGGCCUGUCAUGGAAGCACGCCGUAACAUCCGUCUACCUCAAGGCAGACAACAAUGACUGGACCACAAAGCCCACUUGGGGCCGCUGGCCCAUAGAAUUGGAUUUCAUGCUCAAGGCUCGCGGCUGGACCAAAGGCGUGGACUUUGUCGACUGGAAGAAGGGAUGCUCGGAGCUGGAGGGAGACUGGGUGCCUAAGCCAUCCUUCAACGGCCUUCGUUCCAGGUUUGAGCUGGAGGGAAUGGGAUAUUAUCCCGACUGGGACGAGCUGCUUGAGCAGCCGUACUGGAGGGCUCGAGGUAUCACUAAGAUCCCCCGUAACCACUGGAGCGAUCAUCAUGCCCUGGGUCGCUGGGUGCCGGGAUUUGGCACUGUCAUCCUCAAGACGGCCAAGUUCAGCUAUACUGCAAGGUAUACGCCGAAAGAAGCGAGGCAAUCCUUAGGGGAGUUGGACGUUAAGGGAAAGCUCGCCGUCACUGCCGUCUACCUCUCCGCAGGGCAAGACGCUAACGGCCACUGGAUAACCAAGCCGACUUGGGGCCGCUGGCCUAAGGAACUGCAUUACAUGUUGAAGACCCGAAACUGGACGCGCGGAGUCGAGUUCGUCGACUGCAAGAAGGCUUCGAGCGGCCUUUCUUUGUCGGAUAUGGAGGGCAUGGGCGAUUACCCUGAUUGGGACGAGCGGCUGGAGCAGCCGGAGUGGCAGGCUCGUGGCAUUAGCAAGAUCCCUCGCGACCAUUGGGGUUAUGGACCUAGACAUGUCAUGGGUCGUUGGGUGCAGGGACAUGGAGAGGUCAUUUUUCAGACUGACAGGUUCAGCUAUUGUGCCUUGUAUCGGCCGGUGGAGGCGACUACUGAGGGCACUGGUCAGACAGGCAACUCGAGCCCUGAGGAGUAA